AUGCCGCACAAAAUGCUGGAAAUGCACCGAAUUUGUAGUCCGGUGACAUUUCAGCGAGGAAGCUGCGAAUGUGUCAGAAUUGUCAGGUCUGAUGCGGUCUUGGGCGAGUGGGCCAUUCAGUCAGCCGGAUCCGAGAACAAUAAGUUUGCGAAGAGAAAAGCGACCCUGCAGAAGGAAGUGCUUUUGGGUGCGGAUCAUUGCAUACAGGGAAGUGCUUCCUAG